AUGGCGACGUCUGUGGGCGUUGGCCUUGGGCCUCGCUUGGACGAGAUCGCAGCGCCUCUUUUCUGCGCUGCUCGAAGUCAAAGAGGUGCGCGGCUCCGAACUCUCUUCAAGAUUGAUGACCUGAGUAUCGCCAAGGGCCGCAAGCUGGCCGUGGUGGGCGCCAAUGGCUGCGGCAAGUCCACGCUGCUGUCGUAUUUUUCGGGUCGGGAGCAGCCCAAGGAGGGCCAAAUACGGCUGCAGCCCGAUGUGCGCAUCACGGUGGUGGAGCAGAGUCCAAAGUUUGACAGCAAGAAAACCGUGUUGGACACCAUCUACGAAAAGGCCAACACGGCAACGGCGCAAGUGGCGCACGACUUUCGGGUGGCCAGUGCCUUGGGCGGCGAGGCCUUGAUUAAGGCCAUGGAGAAGAUGGAGGAGAUGCCAGAGGCAUGGACCUGGGAUGAGCAUGUUGGAAGAGUGGCCGAGGAGUUGGGCAUCUCGAAGUUGCUCCAGCGCUCCAUGGGUUCCCUCAGCGGCGGCGAGGAGCGCCGCGUGGCGCUGGCGGCCGCGCUGGUGGAUCUGCCGCAGACGGAUCUGCUGAUCUUGGACGAGCCGACCAACCACCUAUCAGCCGAAGGCUGCAGAUUCCUGGAAGAUACACUGCGAAGUGCGCGAGAUGUCAGUCUUGUGCUGGUUUCCCAUGACCGCUACUUCCUGGAUAGCGUUUGCGACCAGAUCUUUGAAAUCGAUUGGAAUGGUGAAACCUUCAUGCACCCCGGCAGCUGGGAGACCUUUCUCAAACGCCGUGCGGAACGCUAUGAACUUCGAGCCGGAGAGGUGCAAGAUGCCAAGGUGCAACUGCGCCGGGCCGAAGAAUGGGCGCGGCGCGGCCCAUCGGGCCGUGGCACCAAAAACAAGGCACAGAUGGAUGCUGUGGGUGAGCUCAGACAACGUGCGAGGGAGGUCAUCAAAGCCAAUGAGGGCUCACCUGAUCUGCAGGACAAGCUGCUGAAAGGCAAAGGUCUUGCUGCAUCGUCCUCUGGAUUGGUGGGAAGGAUUGCUCUCAAAGACAUCGUGGUGAAUGUGAAUGGCCGAAACGUGCUGAACAACAUUUCGGUGACCUUUGAGAAAGGGGAGAAGUUGGGCAUCGUUGGACCCAAUGGGGCGGGCAAGAGCACACUGCUCAAGACCAUCGUGGGUGACUUGCAGCCAGAGAGUGGGGAAGUCUUCAUAGGUCAAGGUGUUUUGAUCGGCUUUCUUUCGCAGAGUCCCCCUGCAUGGCCCGAUCCCAAGAAGCGCGUCAUUGAAGUGGUGACGGACAUGGCUACCGUGGCCAUGACCCAGGCGGAGGAUGGCGUGCUUGUGCAGGGGGCUGAAGCCAUGAGUUUGGAACGGAGGAGAGCUGCCAUGUUAAAGGCGGUGAACUUCGCGCAGGGUCGUUGGUCCACGCCGGUUUCGCUGCUCUCUGGCGGGGAGACCCUUGGAUUCCCCAAAUUGAAGCAGGUGACUAACAGGAACCGGCGCCUUCAACUGCUACGAGUCUUGGUUGAAAGGCCCAACGUCCUGAUCCUCGAUGAGCCAACCAACGAUUUGGAUGCAGUUACUGUGGAUUCGUUGGAGAGCAUGCUGCAACGAUACCCUGGCACGCUGAUCCUGGUCAGCCACGAUCGCUCCCUGAAGCUCUAUCCGAUCGUUGCGAGGCUGGACGGUGUUUGUAGUUCUUUCCUGGUGAUGCAGGAGGAUGGCUCUCAACCCAAAGAAUGGACUGGGUCCUUCAAUGAUUUGAUGGAGCAACAGAGGAAGUCGCAACCAUCGAAGCUCGCGGAGGUUAAGGAGAAGGUCGUCGUGAGCAAAGUCUCGCAGAAACGACAGGACAAAAAGCUUGAGCGUGAAAUGGUGCGGCUAGACAAGCGGAUCUCGGAAUUGGAGGAGAAACUGGCUUCGAUCGAUGCAAAGAUGGCGGAGUUGUGGGACCCCUGGCAACUGGAAGAUCAACCUGAAGAACUGGAAAAGCUGAUGGCUGAAAGAGACGACGCUGAAACGGUGGCCUGGGUGGAGAACGGUGACCAGGAGCAGAUUGAAGUUUUCGAGCGCUUUGAGCAGCUCAUGAGUCAUUUGGAAGACGUUCUACUAGCAGAAGAACGCUAUGCCAAGACGCACGCGGUGCUUUGGCCAAGUGUUGAAGACAGAACUGCAGUGCUUUUUGAAAAGCGUGCAAAAGCUAGGAGGAAAGCUGGACAGCAUUUGAGUUUGAAGCAUUUUGUGGAAGACCAGGAGUAUCCCAAGUCCUUCCGCGGAGUGUUUUCCGCCUGGGACGUGACCAGUUUUGGGGACCCAUCAACGGAGGAAGACGAAGGCCCUGGGAAAGCCUGGGGUGUACAGGUGGUGAAAUGCGCGCCCGGUGUGCCCAUGCGCGAGGGUGACUUUUUAGGGGCUGACUUGACGGGACCACCAAGACUUGAAACCAAGCCGUCCUGGCAGACCAUUUUGGAGGAUGCAUCCGCGCUCGAAAAUGUGGAGCUUUGGUCCAUCUUUGGUAUCCCUUGCUCUUCAGCGGCAGAGGCGGGUGGCCCCGAAGCAGAGGCCCAUUUGUGCAGGUUGAAGGCAAUGGUCCAGUUGGAGCACUGCAAGGCCUUGGCUUAUGCGCAAGACCUGGGGAGUGUGCAGUCCCUCGCUUUUUGGCUAAAGCCAACUCAGAAGCAUCCCGGUCUCUGGGGUCCUUGGCAGGCCCUUGGCCCUGUGGGCGUGACAUGGUGCGAGAAGCCUCCCCCUUUGGAGGAAGAGAUGGCUGAGAAGUUUGGAGGCAUGUCUGCAGCCUCAAUCCUAAGAGAGUUUGGCGCCAGCCCCUCGCAGAACUAUGACGUGCACAAGGACCCAGCUUUCUUGACCUGGCACCGUGCUGGUGGCACCGAUGCGAAUGGCUGGGUCUUGAGGUCAGACUAUACCAGACGGCGUUUGGAGGCACAGAUGGCUGUGGCUAUCGCACAACUGGAGUUGGCCAAAGAGCUUUCACUUCCGGUGAUUCUGCAGGUGCCGCCCCAGGAUGAUGCGGAAAGGUCACUGGCAGAGCUUUUGGUGAAGGUCUUUGGUGAAGGCUCCACUCAUCCUAUGAUGUUGUCGUCGUUUCAUGGAAGGCCCCAUUGUGUACCUGCCUUCAUGAAGUCUUUCCCAGGGAUGAUGGUGGGCUUUAGUGGGCUAUUGACACACUCGAAACUGAAGACCCAGCUGGGACAAGUGGCAUAUGACGUGCCCAUGGAGCCGCGUCACAGCUUGGGUUGGCGGGCGGGAGACAUUGAUGCUGGCAUAAUUUCCAUGAGUUUCCUGUAG